UGGUUUUAUUUUUGAACAGAAAACAACCUGUAUGCAUAAACUUUGGCUACGUUUUCUCUAUAUUGAUUUCCCUUUGAAAGUCUUUUAAAGUUAUUUGUGGCCUCGAAUAGAUUCAUUUUAUCAGCGUUUGUAUGCAAAUUGAUAUGUUCAAAGACUAAGUGUGGCGUUUGGCAAUGUUGUAUCGAUACGGGUCGACAUAGCUCAGAGGUCUUCGUCGCUUUGUGAAGUAAAGAUAAUCACUAAAAUAAACAGAUACAGAACACACAGCAAACGAUUUCACUUGGGCCUAUAGCUGGGUUUUGCUGAACAUUUGUAUAGAUAAAUUGGACAAAUAAAUCAGAAACUAUGGUGUGACUGAGGCCCUAGAAGACAAUGUCGGAAAUUGGACAGAGACCCCCACCCUACAAGGCGGAGUUUGAAUCUUCGGAACUCAAACAUCGAGCGGAAAGCGAACUGCUCGUCAAGCUGGGAGCGAAAGAGGAAGAGUUUGACUGGCACCCGGAUAUUCUCUAUCGGCGGCCGGAGCGCCCCCGGUCAAGCAUAAGUCUGGAUUAUCCUCUUGAUCUUAAAGUCGGUCGACCCAAAACGGCAGGGGCCAUUCAAAAUAGGAACCCGUGGGUUUGUGACAAUCCUGCCCUCAGACAGAUGACACUGGUGUCGCGCCACGGACCAAGAGCCAGGUUUCUGAACAGAGCUCAGUUUUCAGACGUACAGACUACCUACGUCCGGGUUCCUUACAGGAUGUAGAAAUGACGUCAUCUGGGGAGAUUUUGCUCCCAAUCAAAACUUUCAGAGACCAUCUGAUAAUAGACAUGUGUCUAAACGUUUAAUUAAUAUAGAUGUAACUUGUAAAAUACUUUCAAUAAUCAAGUGAACUUGUUGCUAUGGGCUUGUGUACUGGAAUGGUAUAGCCUUGUAUUAUUUAAGAAUCAUGCAUUUAAUCAAAAUCUCAAAUAUAUAUAAUGUUUGAUGCAAGUCUGAUUCCAGUCUAUGGUCCUAAGCUAGCCAACUGGUCACUGCCAAGAGACAGCGUGACGUCUUAUGCAAUAAAUAAAGGACUUUAUGCUACAUGUUUCGCAUCAUCAGGAACUGCAGUGAUACAUCGUGUGGAAUCAUACUUUAUGCUUAUAUAAUGGAUUGAAAAAAAAUGUACACAUACGAUUUUUUAUGGAAGUUGGUAAAUAUAUAAGAAAA